CGAAAGCCUCUUAAGUACAAACCCCACAGGUUGCUUUCUCUUAAUGCCGUCUACAAAUGAGAGGGCAAAGAUACUUAUCUCCCAACAAAUCCCAGUGCGGUGGUACAUUUAAUGCUCAAAGAGGCGUGGCUCAAGAGGCGCAAGAUGAUCUGGAUGCGGGUGCUCAGUUGUGCAUUGAACCUAUAGAUAUGUGAAGUCUAGUGUGUUAGUUCACCAGCUGCCUGUCGGUAUGCUGCACAGUACAUCCAGCAUGGAUGACCUGGUGGGGCUGAACAACCUGGUGGCCAACACGGCCUACCUGAAGGCUCAGCACAUCGAUCGCAGCGAGCUGAGACAGCAAAGGCUCAGCUUGACACUGCCCAGACCAAAGUCCUCUGCUCUCCGGGCAGCUGCAGACAAUCAGUACGAGUCGCUGUGUGAGCAACAGCCUAUUGGAAGGAAGUUGUUCCAGCAGUUUCUCCAGUCUUCUAACCCACAGUAUGUGGUCGCAGCAGAGUUCCUGGAAGAACUGAGUGACUGGACCUUUGCUGAAGAUCAAACCAAAGAGAAGGCCAAAUGGACCAUCCUCACCAAGUUCUGCCAACCCGAGUCCAGACGUUUUCUCUCCUACCUGACAGGAGAGAAUGCAAAGAUAUGCAAGGCUUUAUCGAACAAGAACUUUGAUGGAGUGAUGUUGGACCAGAUAAAAGUCGCCACAAGGGAGUUCCUGAAAGGAAAACCUUUCUCCGAGUACCUGAACAGCCCCUUCUAUUAUAAGUUCUUACAGUGGAAGGAGUACGAAAAGCAGAAGAUCAGUGACCAAAACUUUUAUGAGUUUAGGUCUUUGGGAAAAGGUGGCUUUGGUGAGGUGUGUGCGGUGCAGGUAAAACUCACGGGCCAAAUGUACGCCUGCAAGAAGCUGGACAAGAAGCGUCUGAAGAAGAAAAGUGGCGAGAAGCUGGCCCUCCUGGAGAAGCAGCUUCUGGAGAAGGUCAACAGCCACUUCAUCGUGAACCUGGCCUACGCUUACGCCAGCAGGACCCACCUGUGCCUGGUCAUGAACCUCAUGAAUGGAGGAGACCUCAGGUUUCACAUCUACGAGGUCGGGGAGCGGGGCAUCCGCAUGGAGCGCGUCAUUUAUUACGUGGCCCAGAUAACCACCGGGAUCCUCCAACUGCACUCCAUGGACAUCGUGUACCGGGACAUGAAGCCCGAGAACGUGCUGCUGGACGGCAGAGGACAGUGUCGGCUGUCGGACCUCGGAUUGGCCGUGGAGCUGCCCAAAGGCAAAAUGAUCUGCCAGAAGGCUGGAACGACCGGCUACAUGGCUCCUGAGAUUCUGAAGCAGGAGUCUUACCGCAUGUCGGUGGACUGGUGGUCUCUGGGCUGCAGCAUCUAUGAGAUGGUGGCCGCCCGUUUGCCAUUCAAAGACUUCAGGGAGAAGGUGCAGAAUGAGGAGGUGACUCGUCGCACUCUGGAAGACGAGUGCAAGUUCGAACACAAGCGCUUUGAUCCUGCCACCAAAGAUAUCAUCAGCCUCUUUCUCAAGAGGAAGGUGGAGCAUCGCCUUGGGUGUCGUGGUAGUGACCCAAGAAACCAUGUGUUUUUCAAGAGUAUCAAUUUCCAUCGCCUGGAGGCGGGGCUUGUGGACCCCCCCUGGGUGCCAAAGUCCAAUGUGGUCUACACCAAGGACAUGGACAAGUUCGCGGAAACCUCCGAGGUCCAGGGCAUCGAGCUCAACGACAACGACGAGAAGUUCUACAUGGAGUUCGGCACAGGGGCAGUCGCCAUCCAGUGGCAGAAGGAGAUGAUUGACAGCGGCGUGUUUGAUGAGCUGAAUGACCUCGGACUGAACGGAUACGACUGUGUGACCGUGUGGAAAUCAAGGACGUGCGUCAUAUUGUAGGCAGCUUCUGUGAUGGACCAAAUAAGCUCUGCAUGAAGUAUCUGAAAUACUGCAUGAAGUGAAGUGCCUGGAUGUGAUACUGCGUCUCAUUAGGCCUUGGAACGUUUUUAACAACAAAAAUGAGAUGACAACGUGAUGCAGCCACAGCCAAACAUGGUGGGACACAAGUUGCCUCAGUGGUAAAAUAACACCACAGUUUUUGUUUCCAGCACUAUGCCUGGGUGGAAACAUACGCUGACAUUGUGCUGCAAACGCUGCUUUAUACUUUUGCCCUCUAUUCCUGGUGAGACAACAGAUCCCAGGGCAUACAUAGUUUCCAUUACAUCACCCGGCCAUUUUGGCAGGCCCUAAGUGUUUACAUGUGUUUGUAAACAGGCUCCAUAAUGGCUGUGUGUCGCCGAACAGCAGCGGGAUCACGAUCAGUAUUUGCGGCGAUGUGCCACAUUUGUUUUCGAAAGACCCCAAGUGUCACACGAAUGCCACGGAUGCCUCUCGCCCGGACGCGUGGACGGACUCAUGCGACCCUCAGUGCUGCAGACCGGUUGCGAGGGGUCUGUCAGUAGCACACGUUCACCACUAAGUGCCGCCACACGGCCGUGAAGUGCAUUCAAACCUCCCGCAGUGCUCUUCCUCACCCCCGUUGUCCAGGGGGUGUACUGCUCUGGUAUUUACAAGCACUGGAUGACUCGUUUAAAAUUUAACAAGGGGAUGCUGUGAGACAAAUUGUUGUAUACACAUUGUUUUUCCAUAGGAAAAAAAAAAUAAAUGGCAUCAACGAGACAAUGCCAACCUCCUUUACUACCCCUUGUGUUUACAAGCUACACACAACCCAAGGGAGAGAUGUUGACAACAUACAACAUCAUCUUUCUGUUUAACCCCCACAGAUUAACUCUCGUGUCGUGCAUAGUAUGGAUGUCGGUUCCCGUGGUUUGGUUUUGUUUUUGAGUUUAGCUUAAUCCCCAAUUUGAUGACAGUGACUAUUUUAGCUUUUAAUUUAGAACCCAAGGAUUUUUUUUCUUCUUCUCUGCUUUUGGCUGUUUUUGCCUUUGUUUGAGAGCGAAAGUCGGGUAAGAGAGGAGGAAUAACAUGUAAGGACCUAACAAGAGCUCCGAGGAUGUUGUGAUUACAUGGUCACGUGUUUUUUCUGACUCAAUUACAAACGUUACCUCUGUUUUACUUUGUUUCGCGCCCUGUCUACUGUAAUGCAGUUUUUUUUUUAGUUUGACUCAUUGCUCACAUAAAGAGCUGCAUUGUACACAACAGUGCCA